AUGGCUCGUUUAACACUUUCGAAAUUAUUAAUUGUUAGUCUGUGUUUGUUUACUGUAGUUUUAGCAGCAAAGGGACCUGUUAUAACUAAUAAAGUAUUCUUUGAUAUCAAACAUGGUGAUAAAGAUUUAGGACGUAUUAUCAUUGGGUUAUAUGGCAAGACUGUCCCCAAGACAGUUGAGAAUUUUCGCGCAUUGGCCACCGGAGAGAAAGGAUUUGGAUAUAAAGGCUCAUCCUUUCACCGUGUCAUAAAGGAUUUUAUGAUUCAAGGUGGAGAUUUCACAAAAGGAGACGGAACAGGUGGUAAAUCCAUCUAUGGAGAAAAGUUCGCAGAUGAGAAUUUCAAACUUCGUCAUACUGGACCUGGUGUUUUGAGUAUGGCAAAUUCUGGAACUGAUACGAACGGUUCGCAAUUUUUCAUCACUACUGUACAAACAUCGUGGCUUGAUGGACGUCAUGUUGUCUUUGGAUAUGUUUUGGAAGGAAUGGAUAUUAUACACAAAAUUGAAAAUGUCGAAAAAGGAGCUCAAGAUAAACCAAAAGAAAGUGUGACAAUUGUCGAUUGUGGUGAAAUUCCAAUUAAGGAAAGUGAACAACCAUAUCGAACUUCAUAUCCUGACAACGAUGAUUUAGAAAUAAACAACUUGCCACCUCUCGAUACUUGGGAUACGAUUUCUUUGGAUCAAAGGCUACAAAACCUUUCAUCCAAUUGGUUUAUAAUUUUAGUGGGGUUAAUUUUCAUUUUAAUGAUAACUGGAUCUAUUAGAAGAUAUAAAACUGGAAUCUUGGUUGCAUUUGGCAUGAUUGAUGAAAAAGAUUCAUCUUCUACCAUCGGAAGAGUAUAA